UCCUUUCAUCAUACAAAAUGUUUCGUGCACUGAAAAUAUUGAAACCCCAUAAUCUGUUGACCAUCCACAAAGCUAAUUGGCAAAAUUUUGUAAUGUCUGAUGUUUUAGCCAAUUUGGAGAAGGAAUGCGAGAGAUACUGUGCAAAACCAAGGUUUCCUCCGAGAAAGGUAGCAGUGAUUGGAGCGGGCAGUGACGUCGGUCGAAUCGCGGCGCUUUUCCUAAAACAGCAGAAGGUUAUCAACGUUCUGGCGCUGUACGACGACUGUCCUGAGCACAUCGUGUGUGGAGUCGCCAAUGAUUUAGCACAUAUUGAUACCAGUACUGAGGUGGAAGCGUAUCAAGGGAAGAUGUUCCUGAAAGAUGCUUUACACGACGCAGACGUAGUGCUAAUCUGCGGGGGCUGCUAUAUCCAGCCGCCGUGCUGCAACACGCCGGAUCGCGACCUGUUCUUCUACAACAUGCAACAUGUCCGCACCACGAGUCUGGCCUGUGCGCAGUUCUGUCCACAAGCCGUUAUAGCUGUGCAGACCCCGCCCGUGGAUUGUAACUACGCUCUGUGUGCUUAUACUCUCAAGGUAGCAGGCGUAUACGACAAACGCAAAGUACUAGGUGUGAAUGCAAUCAACGCGAUGCGAGCGAACCAGUUAUUCUGUUCCAUCACCGGUUCAGACCCUUCCAAAGGCACGACACCGGUGGUCUGCGGCACCGGCCGGUGUACACGAGUCCCUGUGUUCUCCGCUGCUAAAGCUGGGAACUUUCCGCAGACACAAGCGGAUUGCCUUACUCGGCUGGUAAGAGAAGCAGACGAAAUUAUCUGUAAAGUGAAAAGCAACCGGGAACAGGGCCACCUCUCUAUUGGAUUCUCUUCAGCUAGAUUUGUAACCAAUAUAAUGCAAGGACUUUUCGAGAAACCCACGUUCAUAGACAGCGCGCUAGUCGAACAGGGGGACCCGAACAAAUGCUACAACAUGCGGAUAUGCGCGACCCCCGUCACUGUGGGCAGGAGUGGUGUACAAGAGUAUGCAGUGCCUACGCUCAAUGAGUCUGAGAAGAGAUUACUGGAAGAUAGCAAGUGUGACUUGGAAGACAUGCUAAACCUCGGCAAAUGCUACGCGCUCGGCGACGAAUAUUAUCUUCACCCGCAAAAAGUGUGUCCGUGUAUCAAGUGUAUGCAAUGCCCUGAAUGCGAACCGAGGAAAAAAAUUAAACAAUGAAUUAUUUUUGGCGGGAAUU